UCAUCAUAAGCGAUUGUUGUGAUUUGCUAAUGGUCUUCGACGUCGUGAGCUUACUUCUAAAUACCUAGGUCCAAUAGGUCUUAUUAGACGUUUAUGUGAAGCGACGUGCACUUGUGUUCAUUUAUGUAUUCGAAUAAUAGUAUUAUAUAAAAUGUUGUAAAUUCUUUAUUGAGUGCAAAAUUAAAAAUGGAAACUACGCCACUUUUAACGCGACCUAAAAAGAAAUCCAUAUGGUCAAGAUUAAACUUUGGAUGGUUUCGUCGAAAGGAACUUUGCGCUCGAGUUAUUCAUUUGGGGGAAUUACCUGAAGAAGAGUAUCCUCCGAAUUAUGUAUGCAAUCAGAAAUACAACAUCCUUACAUUCCUGCCUAUCGUUCUAUUUGAACAGUUCAGGUUUUUCUUGAACCUGUAUUUCCUGGUUAUGGCCCUCAGUCAGUUCAUACCAAGCAUCCGAAUUGGCUACCUGUACACCUACUGGGGGCCGCUGUGUUUUGUGCUUGCAGUUACUGUGUUCAGAGAGGCGAUUGACGAUUAUAGACGAUAUAGACGUGACAAAGAAGUGAACCGCCAGCGCUACGAGCGCAUAGUGCUAGACACACCCAGCGAAGGGUACCGUCCCUUCGUCACGGAACAAGUAUCUGCGUCCGCGCUACGUGUAGGCGAUAUUGUGAUGUUGCACAAGGGACAAAGGGUCCCCGCUGAUAUGAUACUCUUGAGGACUAAUGAGACGAUGGGGACGGUUUUCAUACGGACAGAUCAGUUGGACGGAGAGAUUGAUUGGAAAUUGAGGAUACCACUACCAUCAACGCAAAAACUACCCACCGACGCGCAUUUACUAGACAUAAACGCUAAAAUAUUCAUUGAAAAACCCGAGAAGGAUAUACAUUCGUUCAUCGGUACUUGUACUAGAUUGGAUGAAGAGGAAAUAGAUUCUUUAGACAUUGAAAACACGUUGUGGAGCGGCUGUGUGGUCGCCUCGGGACAGGCUACCGGCCUCGUUAUUUAUACAGGAACGGAAACUCGUAGCGUAAUGAAUAACGCAGCACCGCGGUCUAAAGUCGGUCAACUAGAGUUAAGAGUGAAUGAUUUCACUAAAGUGCUCUUUGGGGCAACUCUCGGUACAUCGUUCCUGCUGAUUGCGCUGAAGGGUUUCGACGGACCCUGGUUUGGGUUCCUGGUCCGAUUUGUGCUGCUGUUCUCGUAUAUUAUUCCUAUUAGCUUGCGAGUGAACCUGGAAAUGGGUAAAGUGUUCUACUCCUGGACGAUACAACGCGACAAGAAGAUUGAAGGCACAGUGAUGCGAUCGACCACGAUACCGGAGGAACUGGGCAGGAUUCAGUACUUGCUCGCCGACAAAACGGGGACAUUGACUAAGAAUGAGAUGGUCUUCCAGAAGUUGCAUUUGGGUAACGCCCUUUUUGACAGAGAAAACUUUCAUGAGGUGGAAGCGCUGCUAACACAGCACAUAACGAAGGAGAGCCCGUCGGUGGCGGGCAGGUGGGUGGAGGGCGGGUCGGUAACUCCAACCCCGCGGCAGGUGUGGCACAGCGUGCUCGCGCUCGCGCUCUGCCACAACGUGACGCCCGCCUACGAGCUGGACGAGCGGGACGACCAGUCUGACGUGGGCAGUUCAGUGAUGUCGGAAAGUUGCGGUGGUGCGGUGCCUCAACAGCAGUUGUGCGACUACCAAGCAGCAAGUCCUGAUGAAGUGGCGCUUGUAAAAUGGACUGAUAUGAUGGGUGUAUCCCUGUACCGUCGCGAUCUGCACAACAUAUCGCUGAAACUCCGCGCCGCGAACGAGAUCAUGUCGUUCAACAUUCUGCAGAUCUUCCCGUUCACCAGUGAGAGCAAGAUGAUGGGUAUUAUUGUUCAGGAAGAAAUCUCCGGUGACAUAACAUACUACGUGAAAGGUGCUGACGUGGCACUAUCCAAACUGCUGCACUCCAACUGGCUUUCAGCUGAAUGCAGCCGGCUUGCAGCUGACGGGCUGCGAACACUCGUGGUAGCCAAGAAGAGCUUGAGCAAGAACGAGUAUCUGGAGUUUGAGAGCGAAUACAAAGAAGCGCGUCUAAGCGUGACGAACCGAAGCGAGCGAACAGCGACCGCCAUGUCUCGGUUACACCGCGGGUUGGAACUAUUGGGUCUAACGGGUGUAGAGGACAGGCUUGCGGACGACGUGCCCAGGACACUGGCUAUGUUGAGAACUGCAGGGAUCAAGAUCUGGAUGUUAACCGGCGACAAGCUAGAAACAGCACUAUGUAUAGCCCGCUCCCUCCACCUGGGCGGCGGAUCGCGUUGGUUUGCUGCGCCUGAGUGUGUGUCACGACGAGAUGCACAUCAAUUGCUAACUGCAUUGAGACAAGCUACUGAUACGGAUUUGAUUGUGGAGGGGGAGACUUUGAAGGUGUGCCUGCGCGCAUACGAGGAGGAGUUCGUGGAGGUGCUGCGCGGCUGCGCCGGCGUGGUGGUGGCGCGCUGCUCGCCCACGCAGAAGGCGCAGGUGGUGCGGCUGCUGCGCGCGCGCAGUCUGCGGGUCGCAGCAGUGGGGGACGGCGGCAACGACGUGGCCAUGAUACAGGAGGCGGACAUGGGCGUAGGCAUAGAAGGCGCGGAAGGUCGGGCAGCAUCCCUAGCGGGAGAUGUGAGCAUCCGCAGCUUUUCCAACCUCGCUCGUCUGCUAUUGGUCCAUGGAAGGAGGUCUGUCAUGCGGUCCGCGGCUUUGUGCCUCUUUAUAGUGCACAGGGGUCUGAUCGUAUCUACUAUGCAGGCCGUCUUUUCUGUCGUGUUCUAUUUCUCAUCGGUAUCGCUUUACCCCGGGUUUCUAAUGGUCGGAUAUGGAACACUUUUCACAAUGCUCCCAGUGUUUUCUUUAGUACUCGACAAGGACAUAUCAAGCUCAACGGCUUUAAGAUAUCCGCAACUCUAUAAACAAUUGACGCAAGGGAGACAACUGUCCUAUAAGACUUUCUACAUUUGGAUUGGCAUAUCAAUAUACCAAGGUGGUGUAAUAAUGUAUGGUGCGUUAGUCCUAUUCGAAGAUCAGCUGAUCCACAUAGUGGAGAUCAGCUACACAGCGCUGAUCCUCACAGAGCUGAUCAUGGUGGCUCUCACUGUGACCACGUGGCAUAGACUCAUGGUUGUGGCUGAAUUGGCCAGUCUGCUGAUGUAUACAGCCACGCUGUUGAUAUUUACUACGUAUUUCGACGGUGACUUCAUCCGCCACUGGGACUUCUGGUGGAAGGUGACCGUCAUCACACUGGUGUCCUGUCUCCCGCUCUACAUUGUGAAGUACAUGCACCGGAAGUGGAGGAUGCGUCAGUACAAGAACAUCCGGAAGUGAACUCUCCCGCCUUCUCACUAGCUCAUAUUGCUUUAACACUAGGAUAGUUACCGUAUUCCACUUGUAUGUAGUGUAGGGUGUACAUGAGUUUUUUUUUUUUGAAAACCGUAUGUAGUGUAGGGUG